UCACCUGUCAGAUUAGCCCGAUGGCGUCAGAAAACGCGGUUUCUUGCUGGCGUUCUUGAUUUGUUGAUGCCGAUAAGAUCAACCCGGGCCGAACAAUUCGCGAGCCUCACAUUCCACAUCAUCAACGAUCGCUUCAAUAAUAUAAUAACCGACAGAAAUCCUCGCGAAAAACUACGCCAGGCGCUGCUGACAUGCUGAAAACAAGCUCCACAUCGAACGAUAACGGCAGCAGCAUCACCAAGGUCAGCGAAUGUAAUGUUGUCGAUGAAUCACCGUCGUCUCAACGUCAACGCGAAGGUCAGCAACCACCACCAACCGAACAAAGCACGGCCGACGGCGGCGAAAUAUGUUACGAUCUGGCCCACUUUCGUACCGUGCGCGUGCUGAACAAUAACAGUACGCACAAGUGUGUCGCCCUGCUGGGGCGUUUUAGCAACCUCUCGCCCGACCAGCAGGCCAUCGUCGUGCUCGAGAAGCGAGCGUUUACCGAGGCUGAGAUUACCACCACGCCAGCGGAGCGUGAAAAAAGUGCUCAGCACGGUGAAAGUGAAACCGAGAAAAGCGAACAGCAACCGUCUAGCGAGCAGGGGCGAACGUUUUUCACGACGUCAUCACGUUUGCACAAGGAGUUCGUGAAUGACGUAUAUGGCAAUUUCCUCUGCACCGUAGAUCCGGAGCUGAAUCGUUUAAAAGUGUCCAUUAUCUAUCCUGCCUCGGAGAAACAUAUCGUUAAGCAUACGGCGCAGCAUCGGUAUAUGAUCGAGGAGACGAUCGACCAGUACAAUAAAAUUACAUUGCCCCAUCUGGAAGAGGAGCAGUUAAGUUUGGAGUGGCUUUACAACGUGCUUGAACAUCGCAAAGAGAAGGAGCGCAUCCUGUACGAGGAUCCGUGCGACGAGAACGGUUUCAUUCUGCUGCCGGACCUGAAAUGGGACGGCAAAACGGUUGAACAGCUCUAUCUUCUUGCACUGGUCCGUCGUCGUGGCAUUCGCUCACUGCGCGAUCUAACCGCAGCCGAUCUGCCCCUGCUGCGCAACGUGCAGACGCGCGGAAUUGCUGCGAUCGAGAAGCGGUACGGUAUCGGGGCGUCACAGCUGCGCAUUUACCUUCACUACCAGCCCACAUUCUACCAUCUGCAUAUGCACUUUACCUAUCUGCGAUACGAUCCACCGGGCGCGGGCUGCGAAAAGGCACACCUUUUAUCGACGGUCAUCAACAAUCUGGAGCUGGCGGGGGACUAUUAUCAGCGCGCUACCCUUUCUUACACACUGAAGGAGACUGACAAGCUGUACGGCAAAUUUCUGCUUGCGCAGGAAGCAGCGGACGAACCGGUAGCAAAGCGCAGCAAAACAACGGUUCUGGACGAAUCGCAGUAA